CCUUGACACCCUCCUCUCCUCUAUGGCUUCUGACAUCAACUACUAUGGCUUUUAUAAUUCCUCCUACGGCGAAAACAAUGACACAGUUAAUGCAAUCGCAUUUUGUAGAGGAGAUGUUGGGAUCGAUAUCUGUCGUGUUUGCGUCGGUGAAUCUAGUGCUAUAAUCACAGAAAAGUGUCCUAACAAAAAGGAGGCAAUUGUAUGGUAUGACAAUUGUACGUUGCGUUAUUCCUACCGCUCUAUAUUCCAUAAGAUGGAAACUUCGCCUCCUUUCGCUAUGGAUAACCCCCAUAAUGCAUCCAAUGUGGAUCAGAUUGAGAAGCUGACAACCUUGUUGAACCGCCUAAAGGACAAAGCUGCAUCAGGUGACUCUAAUCUCAAGUUUGCAACGGGGAACGAGCAAGCACUGGACUUCCGAAUGUUAUUUGCGCUUGUGCAGUGCACCCCUGAUUUAUCUAAGCAGCAAUGCAUCGAUUGCCUAGAUGACGCUGCUACAUGGAUUCCAAGAUCUUCUAAUGGACAGCUUAAUUGGGGAGCCAGAGUUAAUUUACCCAGCUGCAAUCUAAGGUUUGAGUACUAUAUUUUUUAUGGUGACAACAUCAUGGAUGCACCACCACCGCCACUGCUGCCACCACCGGCCCUGCCACCACCACCACCGGAGACGAGCAAAAAUGGAGCAUUAGUUGCAAUCAGCACCAGUGUACCAUCAUUUGUUGUGUUAGCCCUGCUUGGGUCCAGUAUUUACUACUAUUGGAGAAGGAAAAGAAAAGAGAAAGAAGAGAGAGAAAAUAGCCAAGAGGUUCAAUUAAUCAACUUGGCAAAUGAUAGAAUAUUUAAUCAUCACUACGAGAUUGAAAAUUUAGAAGGAGAAAAUGGGGUGAAUUCUCAAGAAUUACCUUUGAUCCAAUUGGAUAUCAUACAGGCAGCUACACAACAAUUUUCUGAAGAAAAUAAGCUCGGAGAAGGUGGAUUUGGUCCAGUGUACAAAGGAACAUUAGAAGAUGGAAAGGAAAUUGCGGUAAAGAGGCUCUCAAGAACUUCAGGCCAAGGACUGCAAGAGUUCAAGAAUGAAGUUAUUUUAAUUGCAAAACUACAGCACAGGAAUCUUGUCCGACUCUUGGGUUGCUGUUUGGACAGAAACGAAUUGCUGCUCAUCUAUGAAUACAUGUCCAACAAGAGCUUAGAUUUCUUCCUUUUUGAUUCCACUAAAGGUGCACAACUAGAUUGGAAAAUACGCCUUAGAAUUAUUCAUGCAAUUGCUCGGGGUAUUUUGUACCUGCAUGAAGAUUCCCGACUCAGAAUUAUUCAUAGAGACCUUAAAGCUAGCAACAUUUUGCUGGAUCAUGAGAUGAAUCCAAAAGUUUCAGACUUCGGAAUGGCAAGAAUUUUUGGAGGAAAUCAAAUUGAAGCUAACACAAAUAGAGUUGUUGGAACAUAUGGGUAUAUGGCACCAGAGUAUGCUAUGCAGGGAUUAUUUUCUGUUAAAUCAGAUGUAUAUAGUUUUGGAGUUUUACUACUGGAAAUAGUGAGUGGAAAAAGAAACAACAACCUCUACCAUUCUGAACAUGGUCAAAGCCUCCUUACAUUCGCAUGGAAAUUGUGGUGUGAAAGCGAAGGGUUGGAGAUGAUGGACCCAUUACUUGUGCAGUCUUUUGUGGCAGAGGAAGUAUUGAGAUGCAUCCACAUAGGAUUGUUAUGUGUCCAGGAAGAUCCAGCACAUAGGCCAACCAUGUCAUAUGUAGUCCUCAUGCUGGGAAGCGACACCAUAACUCUUCCUCGACCAGCACAACCAGCAUUUUCUUUUGAAACAGUACAAUCCUCACAGGAUAAUAAGACGUGCUCCAAUAAUGUAGUAACUAUUUCAAAUGUAUCACCCAGGGAGGAUUCACUACCGCCAAUCUUAUUGUAUGAUGCGAACAAUAUCACAGAACAAGACCGAUUUAUGCAAUUGCUGGGAGAAACUAUGGAUGGUUUAGCGACUCGGGCUUCAAAUGAUGUGUCUGGAAACGUUAUCAGGUACGAGAUGUACCCAUUUUUCAAUUACACAGCCACCGACCCACAACCGCCAACACCAACACUGCCUCCACCUCCUCCAAACCCUUUAGCAAGUCCUAAAGGGGAAAGGAAAAUUUCGUUCAAAACAACAAUUAUCGCCGUUGUUGCUUCAAUAGGUGUGUCAGCGGUACUUCUCUCAGUAGGCUUGUGCUUCCUAGUUAGGAGAGCCAGAAAACAGAAUUAUACUAUAGAAAAAGAAAACGUUGGGAGUGAUAUUACAACUGUAGAAUCCUUGCAAUUUGAUUUGGGUACGAUUGGAGCAGCCACAAACAACUUCUCCAUUGAUAACAAGAUAGAUCAAGGCGGGUUUGGUCAGGUCUACAAGGGUAGUCUCCCUGAUGGACAAGAUAUAGCUGUGAAGAAGCUAUCCCAGACCUCUGCACAAGGCGCUACAGAAUUUAAGAAUGAGGUGGUUGUGGUAGCCAAGCUUCAACAUAGAAAUCUUGCCAGACUAAUGGGAUUUUGCCUCACUGAAGAGGAGAAGAUACUCAUUUAUGAAUAUAUUUGUAACAAAAGUCUUGACCAUUUUUUGUUCGGUUAGACCCUUUGAACAUUUGUUUUGAAUUUUCUUUUUAUCUUUUGAGUUUAAUAACAACAUGUGUAUGAUUGCCAUGGUUUAAUAUUUCAUUUACUAAUACGACAAAUAUUUAUUUUAUUUAUUUUUUUUUUUUUUGAGUUUAUUUAAUUGAAUAAUUCUAAAUCUGAUUAUUCAAAUUUGAGUUGACUCUCUAUUUUUAUGAAUGUAGAUCCCGAAAAACAAAGACAAUGGGAUUGGUCAAGACGUUAUAAUAUUAUAGAAGGUAUAGCCAGAGGGAUGCUUUAUGUUUAUGAAGAUUUCCAGCCAAGAAUAAUUCAUCGUGAUCUCAAAGCUAGCAAUAUUUUGUUAGACCGGAAGAUGAAUCCUAAAAUUUCAGAUUUUGGCACGGCAAAGAUUUUUGGUGUGGAUCAAUCUCAACGAAAUACAAGAACAAUAGCUAGGACAUUGCUUGGAAACAAUGGAGAAAUGGGACACCAUUGGAAUUGAUGGAUUCAACAUUGAAGAACUCUUAUUCAAGAAAUGAAGUGGUCCGAUGCAUCCAUAUAGGCUUGUUGUGUGUUCAAGAAGAUAUGGUAGCGAGGCCCUCUAUGGCAUCUGUAAGUGUCAUGCUCAACAGUCUUUCUGUUAGUCUACCAUUGCCUCUAGAACCUGCAUUCUUUGUUCACAGCAGAACAGAGUACUUGAGCUCGCCAAAUGGAUUUAAGUCGAAUUAACGUACAAGCAAGUCAAAGGAGUUGUCUCGAAAUGAAGCAUCUAUUACUGAACUUUACCCUAGAUAGAAUGACAAGUUUAGGAUGUAAAAUGAAAUGAGCUUUUUAUCGCACAGGAUAUGAAUGUAUUCACAUAAUAUGAAU